GUCAUUGCUGGCUCUGGCAGCACACAACAGUCAUCGUUUAGACGUCGUGGCGAUACGAUUGCUUUUUUCGUGAGCAGCGGUACGUUUGCAGCGUUUAGCAAAGUCUAUCAUCAUCGAAUCAUAAAUUCAUGAAACCGGUCGGUAAACGUGGGUGCUUGAAUGAAAUCAAAAUCAUAAUCUUGAAAAAUCAGUGAAUUUAAAAUUAAGGCUGCCUAGCCAGCCAAAGCAGUCUUCAGUUGUCGACGAAGAGUAGUGAGAGAAGUUGAAGAAGCAAAAGGGCAUUUGAACCUUAUCCCUUCCCUGAGAAUUCUCGCUUGCAGAGAAUAUCGAUUUGUAAUCAAACGUGCGCCAUCGCGUAUUGUAGGUGUUACGUGUUAAAAAUAUUUAAACUAGCCGAGUCUAAUUAAAUCAGAAAACUAAGAAAACAAUCAAUCUAAACAACCUUCACUACCUAAAAUAGUGUUGGUAAACAGAAAGCCGCAGCAGCACUAGUCGCCGUAGAAGAAGAAUAAAUCUUCAAAUCUUGAUCUCAAAUAAAACCAAAGAGCAGCGCAUGCUACAACCUUCCGCAAUGGGAUUAUUAAGAAGUCUUAUAAAAUGGCUAUCGCUAUUAGCUGUAGUCACAGCAUAUUCUGCCUCCCUAACUUUAGCUGUCAAUCCCCCAGAUGCCGACCAAAAAGGACCCGUCUUUUUGAAGGAACCCACCAAUCGCAUUGACUUCUCCAACUCUACUGGUGCCGAAAUUGAAUGCAAAGCCAGCGGUAACCCCAUGCCUGAGAUUAUAUGGAUCCGUAGCGAUGGCACCGCUGUUGGCGAUGUUCCCGGUUUGCGUCAAAUCUCUUCGGAUGGCAAAUUGGUGUUCCCUCCCUUCCGUGCCGAAGAUUAUCGCCAAGAAGUACAUGCCCAAGUUUAUGCCUGUUUGGCCCGCAAUCAAUUUGGUUCGAUUAUUUCCCGUGAUGUCCAUGUCCGAGCCGUGGUGGCCCAGUACUACGAAGCCGAUGUUAAUAAAGAGCAUGUGAUACGCGGCAAUUCAGCGGUAAUCAAAUGUUUGAUACCUUCAUUUGUGGCCGAUUUUGUUGAGGUGGUCUCCUGGCAUACGGAUAGUGAGGAGAAUUUCUAUCCAGGCUCAGAAUAUGUUGUUUCCCAACACUAUGAAGAGGAUAUCCACAAGGCCUUUGUAAUUCGUGGCAAUUCGGCCAUUUUGAAAUGUGAUAUACCCUCGUUUGUGGCCGAUUUUGUUAAUGUCAUCUCCUGGCAUACCGAUCAGGAAGAGAACUUUUUCCCCGGCACUGAAUAUGAUGGCAAAUAUUUGGUUUUACCCUCCGGAGAAUUGCAUAUUCGUGAAGUUGGACCCGAAGAUGGAUACAAAAGUUAUCAAUGCCGCACCAAACACAGAUUAACCGGUGAAACCAGAUUAAGUGCCACCAAAGGACGAUUGGUGAUUACAGAACCUGUGGGCUCAAAAGCUCCCACAUUUUCCAGUGAUUCCAAGGGUAGUAUAUUCGAACGAAAUAUAAAAACAAGCUUUGCCCUACUUUGUCAGGCUCAAGCGUUUCCUGUGCCCAUUAUAAGAUGGUAUAAAUUCAUUGAAGGAACUACCCGCAAACAGGCUGUUGUCUUGAACGAUCGCGUUAAACAAGUCUCUGGAACUUUGAUUAUUAAGGAUGCUGUCGUCGAGGAUUCUGGCAAAUAUUUGUGUGUUGUUAACAAUUCGGUGGGUGGUGAAUCUGUGGAAACUGUCUUAACUGUUACUGCUCCCCUCUCGGCCAAAAUCGAUCCUCCCACCCAAACUGUUGAUUUCGGACGCCCAGCUGUUUUCACCUGUCAAUACAGUGGCAAUCCCAUUAAGACUGUUAGUUGGUUAAAGGAUGGCAAAGCUAUGGGCCACUCUGAUCCCGUUUUACGCAUUGAAUCUGUGAAGAAGGAAGAUAAGGGCAUGUAUCAGUGUUUUGUACGCAAUGACCAGGAAUCCGCUGAAGCAAGUGCAGAAUUGAAAUUGGGUGGCCGUUUUGAUCCUCCUGUUAUACGUCAAGCUUUCCAAGAAGAAACCAUGGAACCCGGACCAAGUGUAUUCCUGAAGUGUGUAGCCGGCGGUAAUCCCACACCUGAAAUCUCCUGGGAAUUGGAUGGCAAGAAGAUUGCCAACAAUGAUCGCUACCAAGUUGGCCAAUAUGUUACCGUUAAUGGAGAUGUUGUAUCAUAUUUGAAUAUUACCUCGGUCCAAGCAAAUGAUGGUGGUCUCUACAAAUGUAUUGCCAAGAGCAAAGUUGGAAUUGCUGAACACUCUGCCAAAUUGAAUGUCUAUGGCUUGCCCUACAUCCGUCAAAUGGAAAAGAAAGCUAUUGUGGCCACCGAAACAUUGAUUGUGACAUGUCCCGUUGCCGGCUACCCAAUUGAUUCGAUUGUUUGGGAAAGAGAUAAUCGUGCCUUGCCCAUUAACCGCAAACAAAAAGUCUUCCCCAAUGGCACUCUCAUCAUUGAAAAUGUGGAACGUAACUCGGAUCAGGCCACCUACACCUGUGUUGCCAAAAAUGCUGAAGGCUAUUCUGCUCGUGGUUCAUUAGAAGUCCAAGUCAUGGUAUUACCACAAAUUGUACCAUUUUCCUAUGAUGACAUUAUCAAUACUGGCGAUUUUGUGGAAUUAUUUUGUCAAGUACAAAAAGGUGAUCGUCCCAUUAAAAUAAACUGGAGCUUUGAACAUCCUGCUGAAUAUACAAAUUACAAUUCCCAACAGCUAAUUAUGCGUACAAAUCGUGUAAGCAGUAAAUCAAGUAUACUCUCAAUACCUAGAGCUACGCCAGAGCAUACGGGAACCUAUACAUGCACGGCUAGCAAUGCUGCUGGUUUUACAUCAUACAGCACAAAUUUGACCGUUAAUGUACCACCAAGAUGGAUUUUGGAACCCACCGAUAAGGCUUUUGCUCAAGGCUCUGAUGCUAAAGUAGAAUGCAAAGCUGAUGGCUUCCCCAAACCACAAUUGACCUGGAAGAAAGCUGUGGGCAACAGUCCUGGUGAAUACAAAGAUUUGAAGAAAAACGAUAACAUUCGCGUUGAAGAAGGCACUCUCCACAUUGACAACAUUCAAAAGACCAACGAAGGCUAUUACUUAUGCGAAGCUAUAAAUGGCAUUGGUUCCGGACUCUCUGCCGUUAUUAUGAUCAGCGUUCAGGCUCCUCCAGAAUUCACCGAAAAAUUGCGUAAUCAAACUGCCCGUCGUGGUGAACCAGCUGUCUUGCAGUGUGAAGCUAAAGGCGAAAAACCCAUUGGCAUUUUAUGGAACAUGAACAACAUGCGCCUGGACCCCAAGAAUGAUAACCGUUACACAAUUCGCGAAGAAAUCCUAUCGACCGGUGUUAUGUCCUCAUUAUCCAUCAAACGUACCGAACGCUCCGAUUCUGCUCUCUUCACCUGUGUUGCCACCAAUGCUUUUGGCUCAGAUGAUGCCAGUAUCAACAUGAUUAUCCAGGAAGUUCCCGAAAUGCCAUAUGCUUUGAAAGUUUUGGAUAAAUCUGGACGCUCGGUACAAUUGAGCUGGGCCCAACCCUACGAUGGCAAUUCACCCAUUACCCGUUACAUCAUUGAAUUCAAACGUUCUCGUGCCUCUUGGGAUGAAAUUGAUCGUGUCAUGGUACCCGGUGAUACUACCGAAGCUCAAGUGCAGAAAUUGAAUCCAGCCACCACCUAUAACAUACGCAUUGUUGCUGAAAACACCAUUGGAACCUCUCAGACCUCAGAAGCCGUCACCAUUAUCACCGCCGAAGAAGCUCCCUCUGGCAAACCUCAAAACAUUAAAGUCGAACCUGUGAAUCAGACAACUCUGCGCGUUACCUGGAAACCACCCACCCGUUCGGAAUGGAAUGGAGAAAUUUUGGGCUACUAUGUGGGCUACAAACUAUCGAACACCAACUCUUCGUAUGUUUUUGAGACCGUAAACUUUUUAACCGAAGAAGGCAAAGAACACAAUUUGGAUUUGACAAACUUGCGCGUCUACACUCAAUACUCAGUGGUUAUUCAGGCUUUCAACAAGAUUGGUGCUGGUCCCCUAAGUGAUGAAGAAAAGCAAUUCACUGCCGAAGGUACACCCAGUCAACCACCUAGCGAUACCUCCUGCACUACCUUGACUUCGCAGACCAUUCGCGUUAGCUGGGUCAGUCCACCAUUGGAAUCGGCUAACGGUGUUAUUAAGACUUACAAGGUUGUGUAUGCUCCCAGCGAAGAGUGGUAUGAUGAAACUAAACGCCAUUACAAAAAGACUGCCUCCUCAGAUACUGUUUUACAUGGAUUAAAGAAAUACACCAACUACACUAUGCAAGUUUUGGCCACCACUGCCGGAGGUGAUGGUGUUCGCAGCGUACCAAUUCACUGCCAAACCGAACCUGAUGUUCCCGAAGCUCCCACCGAUGUUAAAGCCCUUGUUAUGGGUCAAGCUGCCAUUUUGGUCUCAUGGCGUCCACCAGCACAACCCAAUGGCAUUAUUCAACAAUACACUGUUUACACUAAAGUUGAAGGUGCCGAAGGUGAACCCAAGAGCCAAAAGAUUCCCCACUAUCAAAUGAGCUACGAAGCCACCGAAUUGGAAAAGAACAGUCCCUAUGAAUUCUGGGUUACUGCCAGCACCAACAUUGGCGAAGGUCAACCCUCAAAGAGUAUUGUUGCCAUGCCCAGUGAUCAAGUUCCUGCUAAGAUUGCCUCUUUCGAUGAUACCUUCACUGCCACAUUCAAGGAAGAUGCCAAAAUGCCUUGCUUAGCUGUGGGAUCACCUCAACCCGAAAUCACAUGGAAAAUUAAGGGAGUCGAAUUCACUGGCAACGAUCGUAUGCGCGUUUUACCCGAUGGUUCUUUGUUGAUUAAAUCUGUAAAUCGCCAGGAUGCUGGAGAUUAUACCUGCCAUGCUGAGAACUCUAUUGCCAAGGACUCUAUAACACAUAAAUUGAUUGUUUUGGCUCCACCCAUGUCACCACAAGUAACACUGUCGGCCACCACCACUGAUUCAUUGACUGUCAAGGUUAAGCCUCAUGAAGGUGAUACUGCUCCACUCCAUGGCUACACAUUGCAUUACAAACCAGAAUUUGGCGAAUGGGAAACCGCUGAAGUUGCCGUUGAUGCCCAAAAGUUCAACAUUGAAAAUCUAUUGUGCGGUUCACGUUAUCAGGUCUAUGCUACAGGAUUUAACAACAUUGGCGCUGGCGAAGCUUCAGACAUUCUAAACACUCGCACUAAGGGCUACAAACCUAAAUUACCUGAAAAAUCACGAUUCAUUGAAGUCUCCUCGAACUCGGUGUCAUUACAUUUCAAGGCCUGGAAAGAUGGUGGCUGUCCCAUGUCUCAUUUUGUGGUAGAAAACAAAAAACGCGACCAAAUCGAAUGGAAUCAAAUCUCCAAUAAUGUCAAGCCCGAUAACAACUACGUCGUUUUAGAUUUGGAACCCGCCACUUGGUAUAACUUACGUAUCACAGCCCAUAACUCUGCUGGUUUCACUGUUGCUGAAUAUGACUUUGCCACUCUUACUGUUACCGGAGGAACCGUUGCACCUCUCGAUGAUGGCCGAGGUUCGGGCAAUUUACACACACGCAUACGUUUACCCGCCUGGAUGCCCGAAUGGUUGGAUCUGAACUUUAUGGUGCCCCUGAUUGCCACCGUGAUUGUGGUAUUUGUGGGAAUUUUGGUGGUGUGUGUUGCCCUCUCACGCAGACGUUCGGAUGAUUUACGCGGCGGCCAAAAGGAUGUUUAUUAUGAUGUAGUUUAUAAUCAGACUAUGGGACCCGGUGCCACCCUGGACAAGAGGCGCCCCGAUUUGCGCGAUGAACUGGGAUACAUUGCUCCACCCAACCGCAAGCUGCCACCCGUGCCAGGCUCCAACUACAACACCUGCGAUCGGAUCAAGCGAGCUCGCGGUGGUAUGCGUUCAAAUCACUCAACUUGGGAUCCACGCAGACCCAAUUUAUAUGAAGAAUUGAAGGCACCACCAGUACCAGCCCAUAAUAAUCAUUAUGGUCAUGUGCAUAAUAUCAACGAAUGUACUUACAAACAUCCAGGCAUGGAAGAUGAAAUUUGUCCCUAUGCCACUUUCCAUCUUUUGGGCUUCCGCGAGGAAAUGGAUCCCACCAAGGCAAUGAACUUCCAAACCUUCCCCCACCAAAAUGGUCAUGCCCCACCCGGCCAUGCUGGCACCAUGGGACCCCCUGGACAUCCUGGUCAUAUGCACUCUCGUUCUGGUUCACAAUCUAUGCCACGUGCCAACCGUUAUGCCCGCAAGAACAGCCAAGGUGGACAAUCAUCGAUUUAUACACCAGCUCCUGAAUAUGAUGAUCCUGCAAAUUGUGCUGAAGAAGAUCAAUAUCGUCGUUACACUCGCGUUAACUCUCAGGGCGGCAGUUUGUAUUCUGGACCUGGACCCGAAUAUGAUGAUCCUGCAAAUUGCGCUCCCGAAGAAGAUCAGUAUGGCUCACAAUAUGGCGGUCCUUACGGUACACCUUAUGAUCAUUAUGGCUCACGUGGAUCUAUGGGCAGACGUAGUGUUGGCUCAGCCCGCAAUCCUGGUGGAAAUAGCUCUCCUGAACCCCCACCACCACCACCACGCAAUCAUGACAUGAGCAAUUCCUCAUUCAAUGAUUCCAAGGAAAGCAAUGAAAUAUCCGAAGCUGAAUGUGAUCGUGAUCAUGGACCACGUGGCAAUUAUGGCGAAGAUACUAAAGAUGCUGUUAAAAGGUCACCUAUUCACAAGGAUCAACGUACCACCGAAGAAAUGCGAAAAUUGAUUGAAAGAAACGAAGCCGGCCCAAAACAACUCCAACAACAAAGUGGCGCAGGAUUCACAGCCUACGAUACUAUGGCAGUGUAAUUUGUAAAUUAGCUUAGAUGACGAGCAGCAGCAGCAGCAGAAAAGCUACUACAUAAGCCAAACAACACAUCAUCAAUGUCACGAACCCCAUUAAACACACAUUUCAAACGACUUCAAUGCAAGUAAGAGAAAACAACUUCAAGCAUUAAUGAAUAUUUAAAUUGAAAAAAGGAAAAUUUAAAAAAAAACCUCAACACCAUCACUCAUGGCAAAUUUUUUGAAACAAAAAAUGCCAACUCCCAAAAAAGAAAAAAACAAAACUGCAACAAAAUUUGACUAAACCAAAAUUGAGUGAUUUAUACGAGAAAAAAAACGGAAAACCUAUUUAAAUAUUUAAGAAAACCACACAACAGACAACUACACCAAAAACGUUUCUUUCUUAUGGAAUGAAGAGAGAAAAAGGCAAAUGUUGUCUUAAGAACAUGCUAGGGUUUCUUUUGUAACCUAACAUUUGCCUUUUUCCCAAAAAUAAAAAUUAAAUUAAAACAAAAAAAAUAAAAACAAAAUUGUGCGAAAGUUAAAAAAUAAAACAAGACACCCUCAACCACACACAAACACAUAAAAAUACACUAUUUAAAAACCAAAAUAACGAAAAAAAUGAUAUAAGGAAAAGAAAACUUUGCAUUUUUUAAACUAUUAAGAAAAACAAAAUACAACGUAUACAUAUAUAUUUAAAAAAAAAUUGAAAACAAAAAAACAGAAAUUUUUUUAAUGUAUAAGUGUAUUUUGAUGGUGAACAUUAUUUAAAAAAAAAAUAAUAUUAAUAUAAUGAAGUCACAGUCAUAGUUAUAUGAUGUGAAGGCAAUGCAGAUUAUGAUGAUGAAAAGAAAGAAGGAAAAACGUAUAUACACAAAAAAAUCAACCAAUAUUAAGAAAUAGUCAGGAAUAUUAAAUAACACCACAACAACAAACCCCAUAAAAUAUUUAUACUUCAGCAAUAAACCAAAUUCAAAUACACAAAAAUGUUCAAGAAAUUCUUAGAAAUUGCUUUGAUAUAUGAAGGCGUAUUCUUUUUUUUACCAAUGGAAACUCUUUUGGUGUAUUUAUUAGGUUAUCAGGAAAAUAUUAUUUUUUGUUGAAAAUUUGAUGUAGAAAAGAUUCCUAAAUAUUUUUUUAAUUUUUUUCAUUUCAAAAAUGUUUAAUAUUUUCUCAAAAACCCGUUGUAAAAUAUUCUCAAAAAUAUUUACGGCCUUAUUCACAAAACUUAAUGUAGAUUUUGAAAUAUUCUUAUUUGACAGAUUUCCUUUAUAGAACUGUCAAAAGAAACCCAUUUUAAAGCUUUAUGAAGUUGUGUAAGUAAGACCAUUAAUAUUUAAAAUGUCAAGUUAACAUUAAACGAUGAGCUACUCCAGGAAAAUGAGUUUUUUUGUUAACACCAAAUGCUGACAACUAUUCAUCAUGUUGCACUUGCAGAGAAACAUGUAGGCAUUGAUCACUACAAGUUUUAUAAUCGAAUCUUAUAUGUCCCUCACCAUGUACCACGCUUGGUUCUCAAGUUCUCCGGACAACCAUACUAUCUGCAAGGCCUUGUUUAGAGUAAGCUAUGUAUGGUGUGGGGUAGUCACAGCAUAAGUCCAAAAUUCCAUCCAAAAUUUCGUUCAUUUUGCAUAUGAGUGCGCUCUUUAGGAGCACAAGAACUCAAAUUGGAAGUUCAGCUUAAAAGCACAAAGUUCCGUGCAAAAAUAUUCUCCAUGCUGUAUAUGACUGCACUCUGUGGGUGCACAUUAACGCAUAUUGGAAGAUCGGCUUCUAUAGACAGUAAACCAAGUUGUAACCCGAUUUUGAGCAUACUUACAUUGGUCAAUACAAGUGGUAAGAUAAUACAACAUGCACAAUUUUAGACAAAUUUGUUAAGAGUUGUGAUCUUAGAAACCUCAAAAUCUAUAUGAUGUUCUGUUAUAUCAGAUUACUGCCCGAAACAGAUGAUUCUCUGCAUAGACUCUGAAAGUUGAAACAGCGCACGUUAAUUUCAAACCGAAUCGAAAACGAAUUGUGCUCUUAUAUUGUAGAUGCUCAAUAAGUGAAAUCGUGAAUCGGUUUAUAGGGGAGCUACUUUCAAAUCGCAAUGAUUUGGCCAAUUUGCGCCCCCAACUUGUUUCAAAAAUAAGAAUUAUUUGUGGAAAAUUAAAAGCAGGCUUUUUGUAAAAAAGUUUUUUCGACAUAUGUACGGCGGAAAUUGGUAAAUAGUCUAUAAAUUGAAUUGUGAUCAAGAUUAUAAGCACUUUAUGGAAUCCUAGAUCACCAUCGCCGUAGCUUUCGCAGAAUCCAUCCGCUGUCCCAACUUGGCAAGUCCAUCUGUAACCUAUUUAUCCACCAUCUCCUGGAGACCAAAGAAUCGAGACGCUACUUGGACAUGCGUGUCAUGCCUCCUACUUACAUAACCCAUAACCAGGGUCCAGACGCCGCCUAACUGUAAGAGGGACCAGGGAAGGAACCCAUAACUUUCUCUCCUUUAGGACAACCUCUAGAAAAAGCACGCCCUGCAAAAUAAUCACGACUUUCGAUUGGAAAAAGUUUUUAGUUUUGGUUAGGUUGAAGAAGAGGAUGGGGGAUUUAAUCCAUUCUAUGCGUUCCUCUUCUGUAUUAAAACCUCUAGAAAAAGCAUGCCCUACGAAAUAAUCACGACAUUCGAAUGGAAAAAGUUUUUAGUUUUGGUUAGGUUGAAGAAGAGGAUGGGAGAUUUAAUCCAUUCUAUAUACACCAAAGCCAUUAAAUGACUUUUUAAUCUAACUGUUCCGAAUACAAACCCCAGAAAUUCUGUGGCAGUAAUUAUGUACUUUUCACAUUCUGUGCCCCGGAGUUGUUUCAAGACUGGCACUAUGGGCGUUCUCACACGGAAAAGUCAAUCAUUUAUAUAGAAAGUGUUACAAUAUCUGGUUGUUCUACCCACAACUUCUUUAAAGUGAUGGGCUUGCACCAAAAUCCAUUAUGAAUCCCAUAAUAUACUGUAUUCGUUUUCGUUUGAGCCUGUCCAUGAUUUUUUUUUUUUUUCUAAAAACAUGGUAAUUUUCGAAAUUGAACUAAGAAAAUUAAUGCAAGUAUUCUUGUAAUAGUUGGAAUUAUUGUUAUACAAACCAAUUUUGAGCUAGUUACUUUAGUCAGUUCACUAGUUCAAUAUGUUCAGUAAUCUAUUUUUGGGUUUACGUUCAAUGGUCUUUUUCUGUCUUUCACCGUUUGCUAACUUAGCUGGUUUGGCUUACCUGUGUUAUGGUUAGUAGAAAACUAAUGUAGCAUUCAUGCCCAUAACUAAUCCUUGAAUAAAUAAGCGAAGUGAACAAAACGAAAGAUAUUAAACGAACUAGUUCAAUUGAAUGGUUCACUGAAACGAGCGAAGUGAAUGAAACGAUAGAAUAAUUCAGGUCGUGAAAGGACUAGUUCAAUUGAAUAGUUUACUGAAAUGAACAAACUGAUUUAGACGUAUUAAACGAAACUUUUCUUCACGAGACUAAUGAGAUUAGCAAGAAUGAGAUUAGAGAAACUUUCCGGUAAAAAGAAAGAAACUAGUCAAAAGCAGCACACUGGACAAUUGAAUUGACUGAACGAGCUAGUUCAGUAAGCUGCAUUGAGCGGCCAAUUUAAUGAAAAACAUUGACAUUGUUUGGAAAGCCAAAAUAAAAGACAAAAGCAGAUUCACUUUGGCAACAAAUUAACCCUGUAUGUUAAAAGAGAAAAGUGAUGGAAGUUUGAGGUAUAUAUUUGUCCAAAUUCUAUGUACAUUGUAGCAAGCCAAAAAAAAUGAAGAGUUAGUCUUUUAUUUAUAGUUUUUAGAGUGCACAACAAGCCGAUUACUGGCUUAGGUGUAUGUCCAUAGUGGCAGGGGACGGAUUAAUAUCUGCACCCUCUUUUCAACCUAACCUAGUCUUUUAUUCCCCUUCUUUAAAAAACUCAGAACAAAUACUAUUGUGUGCACGAAGCAAAUCUCAAGUUUAGCUUAAUAGCUAGGUAUAUCUCGCAUUAUAUUCUCAUAAUCAUUUAUAGCUCUAAUGUCUAUCUAUACUGUAUGUGUGCUCUUAACUACAGUGAGCCAUUUUUGUAAGGACCGAAAACACUUAGAGUCCAAACCCAGUCAAAGAGUCAAGAUAAGGGACUUUCAUGCCGCAUCCCUCUUACGCUAGCGUCAGCAUGUAAACAAAUUAACGCUAACUCUUGACUCUUAGAUUGGGUUUGGACUAUUAUAAAGCGGUUAUCAAAAUCGUAAUUUACGAUCAAUUAAAAACAAAUUGCCUAAAAAGCCAAACGUUUUAAAUCAACAUCAAAAACCCUAGGAAUGAUUUUGGUUUUAGACCCACGAUUCUUUUAGAAAAACUUUUAGAAUUGUUCGAUCAGAAAAAAUUGACCCACCCUACUACAGAUAGAACAUACAAGCUUUUGGUUUAAAUUAAUACCUUGUUAUACAAUUAGAAUGCCUUGUUAUGCAAUUUUUAUUGGUCCUGUCUUAAGAUGCGAAUUGAUGUAGUGAGGCAAAGUACAUCGCUGACUUCACCAACAAAGUCUACUUACAAAUUCAAUUAUGGCUUCAAUGUGUGCAAACAUAUUACGAUUAUUUUCAGUAUCCGAAAAUAUAACUUUUAUACAAAUUAUUUCAUACACUUUCCGUGUAUGAAAUAAUUUAGAUUGCCUUAAGCAUAAUUUCUUGUAAAUUUAAUUUAGUAAGAAAAGAGUUUCACAUACAAAGAAUGAAUAUGCUUCUCAUUAUUUUUCCAAUUUCUUCCUCUUGAACAUUGAACUAAGCACAAUUUUUAUUUUAAUUUGUAUACACUGGUUUGAUUAAAAAUAUGUUUUUUUCUUUUUUUUAAUAUUUAAUAUAAUUUUAAACAAGAAUCUCAUUGAUAUUCAUAGAAGAAGAAAAAAAAAACCAUCAAGAGUUGAAAAAAGUCAUUAUUUUAAUGUAAUUGCCAUUCAUUUUAUUUUCUGCAAAGAGUUUUCUUUACGAAAACCCACCCUUCUAGGUUUUAAGCUCAUUUUAUAGUUUAUAUAUAAUCCUCAUAUAUAUAUCAUACACUUAUUUUAUUCAAUUUCAUCAUGAAUCCUAUUAAUAUUAUCCAAGAAAAACAUAAACAUGGAAAAUUAUAACGGUUUUUAUAAUUUUUAACAUUUAAGAUUGUGAUGUUUAUAUGUUAGUCAUUAUAAUUAUGUUUGUAAUUUCUACUUUUUAUAAUUUUAACAUUAAGUGCCACACUAAGAAAAAGAUUAAGGUUCUAUACAGUGGUUUGGAGAUAAUGAGAAAGCUUGUUCUUCAAGUCUACUUAACUUUUAUUCACACCACAAGAUUGGUCAAUUAUAUUUUUUUUUUAUUAAUUAUUAUUUUUGUACAAUUUUCAAACAGUGCUUCCCACAAUUUCAAUAGCAUCACUUUCAUUUUGUAUUAUACAUUGGCAUCUAGCCUAACCUCCCAACCCAUCCUUAGUCCUGUCAUACAUCAUUGUGCUAACUAUGUGUUUUAUAUAUACAAUACAUACAAAUGUGUACCCUUUCUGUUAAUUUUUAAGUGAAAGCUUUAAUAUUUUUGCCCCUCGCCCUUAUUUUGAUUUGUAAUAUAUAUAUUAUUUUUAUUUUUUUUUUAAUUUAAAGUAUAUAAUUACUUAUUUACCCGUUUGUAUAUAUACAAACAUUUUCAAUUGAUUUUGAACAGAAAGAAAAAAGACCCCCCAUUAUUAUUAUUUUGAUUUUAACUUAAGUUUAAUUUAAUUUUUUUAGUUUAUUUCGAUAUUUUUCCUUAUUAAAAUACAAAACGAACUAUGUUUCAACAUUUUAAA